AGGCUCACGGUAAGGGUUGGGCAUUAUGCCACAUCAGCGUUGUGUCCAGGGAUGCUGCAGGACAAACAAAAGAUUUGCCCCAGGUGAGAGAAGUUGUGAAGCUGAAAAAGGAAGUUAUUGUAGUGUUGACAACAUUAACAUUCAACAUUUGUACCAUUGCUACGAUAAACCAGGACUACAAAAACAAGUGUGGCCCACCUAAAGAGAAAAUGUUUGUGCUAGUUUUGACACUAGCCUGUUUUGAGGAAAGAGAAAUGGGACAAGACCCAGCUUGUUGACAGAGAUGGGAAGUUACUUUGGUAUUGUACUUACAAAAACGUAAAUUAGUCUAUGAAGCUACCAUGGAGCAAGGCAGAAGGCAACAAGAAGAAUGUCUAACCUUCUGGAUGAGACAGAGGGAGUUAGCAAUGUCGACAUGACAGAGAAGAGAGACCUGAUCACCCAUGUUCUGGAUGAGACAGAGGGAGUUAGCGAUGUGGACCUGACUGAGAAGAGAGACCUGAUCACCCAUGUUCUGGAUGAGACAGGGGGAGUUAGCGAUGUGGACCUGACUGAGAAGAGAGACCUGAUCACCCAUGUUCUGGAUGAGACAGGGGGAGUUAGCGAUGUUCACAUGACUGAGAAGAGAGACCUGAUCACCCAUGUUCUGGAUGAGACAGGGGGAGUUAGCGAUGUUCACAUGACUGAGAAGAGAGACCUGAUCACCCAUGUUCUGGAUGAGACAGGGGGAGUUUGCGAUGUGGACAUGACUGAGAAGAGAGACCUGAUCACCCAUGUUCUGGAUGAGACAGGGGGAGUUUGCGAUGUGGACAUGACUGAGAAGAGAGACCUGAUCACCCAUGUUCUGGAUGAGACAGGGGGAGUUAGCGAUGUCCACAUGACUGAGAAGAGAGACCUGAUCACCCAUGUUCUGGAUGAGACAGGGGGAGUUAGCGAUGUGGACAUGACUGAGAAGAGAGACGCUCCUGAUCACCCUGGACCCAUGAGGGAGAUGUCUGAAAUUGUUGGUGUCAAAAAGGAUUCCUGGCGAAUACGCUGCAUGUCUAUAGUGUAAUUUUGUAUUCAUGUAUUAAUAUGAUGUGAGGUUUUACUUUGCAUACUUUUACUUAAGUAUGUCA